CACACAGUGGCAGCUCAAUGGAGGAGCAGCAGCCCGAAGAUCAUCGGGCACACGAAGAAACACCCUUAGCGCCAUGGACCACAGAGGGAGAAAAGACCGAGCGAGUCCUACAAGAGACAACUGAACAACAAUGUUCAAUGCGACUGUGAGUUCAAGCUCCAGGAAACGCAGAAGGAGAAAAAACAGGCAAUGGUAAACUGAAUAGCUUCAACCUGGUCGAGGAGACGAUACUGAGGAUGACUCAACAAGCAUUCCAGAUCCCCUUGAAAAAAGUGAAGACAGGAAUUUAUUGAAUGUCUGAAGCAAGGACUGACUGCAGGGGUUGCAGCAACAGUAGGCAGCCAAGACAUCCUGAUCAUACUGACAGUAUGGAGGGAAAUAAGACCUCUGGUUUACAGCAGUGUGAGGUCAAACAUUUGGAUGAGAAAGAUCCAGUGCUGUCUCUCAAUGGAGAAGUGACCCUCAGUUCUGGUUAUAUUACAAAUGGUUACUCCACCAAAGCAGCUGCAGAUAAUGACGGUAGCGGAUCAGAGCGUGGAUACACUACCCCUAAAAAGCGGAGGGCUAGACGCAGCAGCAUGAAAGGCACAGAGAAUGUGAAUCGGGACAAGGAGAAGGCUGUGCAGCAGGGGAUUAUGUCUUAUUCCAAGCAGGACCUGGAGACCUCAGGCCAAGAGGCUGCUGGGAAAGUGGUGAACUCUAGGCCUAAUUGCACAAGGACUUGCCUUAAAACAGAGGUGCACACAGGUGUUCGUCGAACCGGCGUUCAGGAGAUGACCCCUGUGGGCGAGGUGCAGUGCAAAAACUCUGACAGUAGGGCCUCAGGCCCCAUUAGUAAAAAGACUGAUGACAAGGUCAGUAAAACCAAGCUCACCUCCUCAGUGACCUCUAAAGAGGAUUCAUGGACUUUGUUCAAGCCUCCCCCAGUGUUUCCAGUAGACAAUAGUAGUGCUAAAAUAGUGCCCAAGAUCAGUUAUGCAAGCAAAGUUAAGGAAAACCUCAACAAAGCAACACAAGCUAGUGCAGAGGUGGCUCUGGCUCAGGCGUCUUUAAAGCUCUCCCAGGUGCCCAUGUCUGCUGUAAAAACAUCUGCCAGUUUUACCAACGGCCCUGUUUCAGGAGAGGCUAAUGGGUGCCCCUCUGUGGGAACGUUGUUCAACUCUGCUGCUAGUACCGCACCUUCUGCCUCCUCUAAUCCAGGGGAAGAGAAUGUAGCGUCCACUCUGGACACCAGUUGUAGCUCCUCAGCUUGUCCCUCAGCUCCAGAGCCAAGAAAAUCUAGUCUUUUUGUUUACCCACAUAAACCUUUAAAUAUGCAAACUGUGCUCCCUAGUGCCCGCCACACGGACGACCCUACUGCUCAGACAAAUCAAAAAGCCCUCGGGGACAUCUUCCAGAACCAGUGGGGUCUGUCCUUUAUCAAUGAGCCAAAUGCAGGUCCAGAGGGAACAGGCGCUUCUCAACUGACUGUGAGCGGACUCGAGGUGGCAGACAUCACGUUUCAGGGGGAGAGCCUUCAGUUUUUCAACCAGCCAGGCCUGGAUCCAACCUCUGGGGUUUCUCUCUCAGCACCUAAGGAGGUGGAGAAAAGGACUAGCGGCACAGAUGCUGCUUUGAAAGCCUGCUCUACUUCUUGCGCUGCCAGUGAGGACCCUCCACAGGUUCAGCCAGAGAGUCAGGAGGAGCAGAUGCUAGAGAACAGAAGUGCAGAGGUUUCUUGUAAGGAUUUGGAUACAGAACCUGCAGUGUCCCAAGUUAACAGUUUGGUGGGUCCAUCCAAGGCACAGAACUACAUAAAAGACCAUGACAGGGCAAAUAGCUGGGGACUGUUUGAUCUGCGAACUGCUGUAUUGUACCACACUAAAGAAUUUGAAUAUCUUGUCAGUCUUCGAAAGCAAGAUCCAAAAAGGGUGGUGUACUAUGAGGAGACCCUGGAUGGACCUGAUCAUUGAGGUGCUGAGUGCCAGUACUUUACCUUGGGUGCUAUAGUUGGAUCAGACCUGAAUGCUCUCUUCUUAGAAUCAAAUCGGACCAUGUUUUUUUUUUUUUUUUUUUUUUUUUUUUUUCCUUUCUUUCUAACCAGAGGAAAUUGAAAUAAGGAGUAUGGCUUUCACAUCAGAAGGGAUAACUAUUGUACUCUUACAUCCUGAGAUUUCUGCAGGGAUCAUCUGCAGAUGAGAUUGCUAUGAGCUGUUCAGAGGCAUUGGACUGCGCACAAACUGAUACACUAUAGCAUCUGAGGGAAGUUCUGAGCACUGCUUGUGUGACAGACACUGGCCUUUUGGCUUUGUGCUUGGGUUGGUGGCAAGAAUGAGGAAAACUGGAGGUGCGCAGUGUACCUCCUGAGCCUUUCUGCUCCAUGUGGCCCUUUUGAGGAACGUUCGAGAUCCACAGUGGAUGCCUCGUCAUUUGAUUUCUUCCUGCAUUCAGAUCAGUUCAUGUAUGACUGCUCAUUUAAUAUUUCUAAGCAGUUCAUAUGUACAGUGAGAGCGUUUGAAUACAUCGUGAACAAAAUGAAAUUCUGACCUUCAAAAAAAAAAUGCCUUUGAAAUGUAAUCAUAAUGCCCAGGAAUAAGGGACGGCGUGAGGCCAGCCCUGUCAGGUUGUUGGAGAAAAGGAGCAGUCUUAACGUUUAGUCUGCUCUGAAAGGGCCCUACAGAAGCAUUGCCUGACGUUUUUUUAUUUUCUUCUU